AUGCUACCCCGUCACGGUUCGACUCCCGCUUGGGGUGUUGAUAAGACCGAUGCGAGGUCGAAACUGCAGUCCGCUGGCGCCUGGAUGAGAGAACUUUUGGGAAAUGGAAACAUCAGCUCUACUCAUAUUAUUGUGCGCAAAUUCAUCACCUCAAACGAUAUAGGGCGAAUACAUUACAUAUAUGACCGCCUGACCGCCCGACCAACCGAACAACCAACCACAUCCACUCAGCUAUUAGAAGGGUUUUCAUGGACCCCUUAUUUUCGAAUUGGGACUAAAAUGAUGCAACCCAACGCUCCUGCCUGCAUCUACAGCCCACUGGAACUUGAACUAAUCUUUUGA